GUGGCGUGUGGUUUAAAAUAAAUCACAAAAGAGUCUGAAGCAUCCAUGGUCUGAAGUCGGUUUGUUUCAUCCUCAGUUGCAUACACGUGAAUUUAACGUGGUAUACAUUUAAGAAAAAUGUCAUCCACGGACCGAAUGGAUAUUUUACGAGAGCGUAACAAAGUUUUGUUGAACCAGCUGAAGCAGCAGAGAGAAAAACUGGAGCGGCUGAGCGGCUGCAGUCAGAGCCGCAAGAGGGAGAGAGAGGACGAGGCUGAGGCGAGGACAGACCGAGCAGAGAUCCUGACCCUGACUGGUGGAGACCGAGGUCCUGCCCGGGCCGCCCUCUCCAAACCUACCGUGAGAUUUGCGGCAGAUACAUGUGAACGACAAACAGGCCUCCAGGGCACUAUUCCAAUACCAUUUUUGACCUCCAAACACAGAGGAGAGACUGCUGAACAUACAACACCAUCGGGCCCUUUCAAAGACAGCAACAGACAUGCUCUUGUCCACAGCAGGUUGCAGGACACAGGGCCAGUCAGCACCAAGUCCUGUCUAGUAAAUCACAGCAAAGAACAGAGGGAGGUGCAGCGUCAAGUCACAUUUCAGUCUGAUGAAUGUGAAGAGAUAUCUGCCUCAGACAGGCAUCAUUUGCAGCCUUUACUUGGGUAUGACUGGAUAGCAGGAGUCUUGGAUGCUGAGGACUCCUUGAUAGAGCGUUCUGAUGAGUUCUUCAAUGACCUGCACAUAUUUCGAUCGCUAAAUAAAGACAAGUGUGUCCACAGCCCACAAGCGGAAUUUCCUGAGGAGAACCAUUCAGUCCUGCCGCUGCUAACAGAUAAGGACGGUCCAGAGGCUAACACAAAUACUCAUCAAUGUACGUUCUCUUACAGGAUUAACAGCAGACUGUUCCCUGUCCCACUUCACUCUCAAGAGUGCUGCCCGGUGUGCAAAGAACACAAAUCCUCACACCCUCACACUACUGCUGAACCGGCUCUCAUCAGGGUCAGCAUCCCUCGCUCCACCCUCCUGCCACCUUACAAGUACAAGGCUCAUCGGCGGUGCAGUUUCGACCCUUCUGAUAGUUUGGGGUUACCAUCGCACUGUCUCUCCGGCUGGUCGAACACAGGUCAGAUAACGCUGCCGCCACCCAGCAGCCUCGAUCUGCGGAGCAUUCUGAAUAUGAAGAGCUCCACCGGGUCACACAACAAGGAACUGGAGGAUCUCUCUGCACACAAAGUGUCCAGCAACCAGAUCUCGGACCCAAUCUCUGAUGUGUCUCGCUUGGCUCCUCACAACUUCCAACACUUCUCCUCCAAAAAAAAACUAGGAAGCACAUUUUACCCUUUGCACUAACAAACAAUCAAAGUCUACUUUCAAGUGAUUAUAGCAGUUCCUGUUAGCCAUUGGACACCACCCAAAAUGAUUUCUUUUUGUUUUUUUCCUUCGGUUUUAAGUCUCUGUAUUGUAUUUCUGUGUUAAUGUUUAUUUUCAAUAAUGUUUUUCUGUAAUAUCUCUGCUAUAUCUUUGUUAACAUUUGAAUUGAUGAACAGUGAUCUCAAAAGAGAAUGCAUAAACAUUUGUAACUAAGUGCCUGUUCUUAAAUAGACUAAUUUGAAACAUGAGAUAAUUUGUUUUCAAGAACAUUCUAUUUAUUUUUUGUGAUUAAUAACAUGCCAGUUAAAUGAAAUGGGAAUCAUCUACAGAGCAGCAUAUUUCAUGUUGGCAGGAGCUGAAUUUUAUUUGUUCUGAUCUGAAAAAAGUUUAGACAGAUUUAGACUCCACAUGCCUUGUGGAUGUGAAGCAAGAGCUCAUAAUGUUACGCCACAGUUUAGGCUGUUUUAGAACCGCAUAGCGGAGGUUACAUUUGAGUUUGCUUUGUACAUUUCACAACAUUAAGCAAGUCAUUUUGAAUCAUCUCUGUUGCCCUUUCCAGCUGUUUGCUUUGGCUCCCAGGUCCAUGCAUACUUCUGUUUUUAACUUCCUUUGACACUUCCUGACUGCAGGACAGAAAACACUGUAGAAACACUGAAGCUGGGUGCAAUUCACGGAAAACCACAACCCCCCUAUACUUAAUUCCAGAUACUGUAGCAAUCCCACCAGUUUUUUAACUUUUUGUCCUGCAGUCUAAAACAUUAGAAGAAGUAAGAUGGUAUAAACAAAAUGUGUCAAUGCACAUUCAAUGAAAGCAACACACAUUACCAAUGGACUGAACUCAAAGAAAAUAUAAUUUUAUUUUUUUUAUUAAAGUUCAACAGGAAUAUAUGAUUUGUUCUGUUGUCCUGUUGUGUUGAAGCUGCAAUACUUUGAUGUUGUAACCAAAACCGCUUGUUCAAAGCCAAGCGUCUGCCAUGUGCUGUUAUCUGUUGAUCAUCUUAGAACUGGGAUGCUGUGACAUGACAAAGCUUUGUGUGAGAGGCUUUGUGAGCUACAUUUGUUACCACAAGCAGUUUUGAAGGGAAGUGAUGCGUCUGAAGUUCAUUAAAUCGUCAUAUCUUUAAAUCUCCAUA